AUGAUGCAGACAUUCUUAGGUCUCCUGGUCGCGGCAGGUGCUAUGUCCUCUCCAACUCCUCAACCUCCGACAGUCCAUACUCGCAACGGCACGCUCAUAGGUUCCACUACAGAUCAUGUCGAGAACUUCUACGGAAUUCCAUAUGCUCAGCCUCCAGUUGGUAGGCUCCGGCUUCGACAUCCGCAGCCAAUUGGCAAAUCUUAUGGGCGUCUGCACCUACCAGCCAACAUUAGUGAUGUCACUGCCUGUGUCCAAAUGGACCAGGAUCCUUCUUUAACCGAAGGCCUUUCAACGUCUCUGACCGAUGUCCUACAUGGAGUGGGUGGCAAUUUCACAGGCAAGUCCGGAGAAGAUUGUCUCACCAUCAACAUCCAACGCCCAUCCGGUACCUCAGAACAUAAGAGACUACCGGUUCUCCUAUGGAUCUACGGUGGCGGCUGGGAGGUCGGCACUACACAGAUCUACGACGCGUCAGCUAUCAUUGGGAAGAGCGUGGCCAUGAGAGAGCCUGUAAUCUUCGUCGCACCUAACUAUAGAGUCAACGCAUACGGGUUUCUCAAUGGCAAAGAGAUCCAAGAAGCGGGGUUAUCUAACCUCGGUCUCAGGGAUCAACGCAAGGCUCUUGAGUGGGUGGCAGAGAACAUAGAGGCUUUCGGUGGAGACCCAAACAAGGUCACUAUUUGGGGAGAAAGUGCCGGUGCUGCUUCAGUGUUUGAUCAUCUGAUCAUCAAUAACGGCGAUCAUACUUACAAAGGCAAACCACUUUUCCAUGGCGCAAUUAUGAACUCGGGCACGUUCGUCAAUACGGUCGGAACAGCGCAUCCUAAAGCCCAGAAGGUGUUUGACACGUUUGCCUCUAAUUCAGGUUGUAACCCUUCAAAGCUGGGAAAGGCGACAAUUGACUGCCUUCGUCAAACUCCGUCAGCAAAGUACCAAGCCGCGAUGAAUACCCUACCGAACUUCAGUGGCCCAGACAGCAACAACCUAGCAUAUAUCCGCCGGACCGAUAAUUCAAGCUCCUUUUACAGCAACGUUCCACAAGACGCUCUCCGAAGGGGUAAAUACGCCCAUUUGCCGAUUAUUGUCGGCAACUUGGAGGACGAAGCUACGAUCUUUGCAGUAUCUUCUCGAAACCUCAUAAACUCAACUGAAAGCCUAAUUUCAUACUUCACCACCUGGUUCACUGACGCACCGCGGAAGUUGAUUAGCGACUUUAUCGCUACGUACCCGAACCAUCCAAGCGCAGGACUCCCGGCUGGGACAGGUGAUAAAUAUGAGCUAUAUCCCCAGUAUAAACGGAACUCAGCCAUUCAAACAGACGUCACGUUCGAAGGCGGUCGACGUGUCGUUUUGGGCUAUCUGUCCAGGGUUGUACCUACUUGGAGCUAUAUCGGCACCUACCUUCACAAAGACCCAAAGAUUGCACAGUUUGGUACUUACCAUACUUCUGAUCUCGGAACCCAGUUCUUUCUAGAGAACCCGACAGCAGCAAACAAUAUGAACGAAGCCUAUAUUCACUUUGUCAAUUACUUGGAUCCCAAUGGAAGGAAGGGCCGCUUAGGCUGGUGGCCAAGAUGGAGUGAGAAGUGUCAACAACUUGCAAACUUUUCCUCUACUGCAGUUAGUUUGACUGGAGACAAUUACCGAGAGGACAGUAUUAAGUUCUUAGAAAAAUAUAGCUCUCAACUCCUUCAAUGA